AUGUUCUGUGAAAGAGUAAGAGAUAGAGCUGCGCCAGUCGUGGCCUCCGGAGACUCAGGCGCUUCGUCGGUGACGCUCGUCGAUUCGAUCGAUAACAUCGGCAUGUGUUGGGGUUAUUCGUGGGAGAGGUUUAGGGAGAAGAAGAGGUGGAAGUGGUGGGUGAGGGAAGGGGAGGAGGAGAGUGUCGAAUUGGGCGUUUUGCGGACUGCGGAUGAGGAAGGUUUGUUAAGGAUCUCGACGGUUUUGACGAUCCUUUCGGUACGUCGUGUAGUUGCAGGUUGAAAGCGGUUCAAUACUGUACACUGAUUUUCGUUUCCUGGUGUCUUCCGUAGAUCGUCCUCGCCCUCCUCAUUUCCAUCACCGAAUUCAUGGGGUAAGUAUUCGCACAUUAACGCAAGCACUCACAAAGAGACGCCCUUCUAACCUCUACUUUCUCCCUUCCCAGCCUCGCCUUGGAGAAAUGUACAGCCUGCGCCCAAGCAGCCGAGACAAGUCCGAACCUCGAUGGUCGUUGGUGGAGAUUCUGGGCGACUGCGAAUGACAAUUGUAAGUAGGGGCCCAGAAUUCUUCAGCGCAAUAGCCUCUUAACUCAUUCGCUUCGCGCCCCGGUCGUCCCCCCACCACAGCGGGUUACUUAGGUGCCGGUGUCGUCGCUUUAUUCAUCGUCGUUUUUACCAGUUGGUAUUUCGUCACCCGGGGAUUGCGAAAACGUCGUCAACGCAAGCACUUGCAUUCCGAUGAAGAUGAAAAGAUCGAGGGCAUCGAAGGGCGUUAG